AUGCUUUUUCGCCGUUUCUUGGGGCGCAGAGCCCUUGCUAGUUUUGUUGGGGUUCCUGUUCUUUCGCUUGGCGGACUCGGUAUUUACGUGGAGUAUCGUAAGAGUAUACGGCCUUCUAUUUCGGUCUCGUAUCCGGUGUUUGAUGAACAUGGCUCAAUUUUUUUUGAUGGAAAACUUGUCGAGAGACCAGGGCUGCUUCCAAUUGCAGGUCGUACGGUGGAACUAUUUUUGCUUUUUUUCCCGCUGGCACUUCUUUAUGUUGUGAUGCGGAUUCGAAAAGGGUGGUACCUUCGGUGGUUGGAACUGCUUUUGCGUGCAGUAAAACGCGCCGGUCCAGCCUUUGUGAAGGCCGGUCAGUGGAGCUGCACUCGACACGACAUUUUUUCUCCCGAGUUCCGUUCUGUAUUUAGACGACUGUACAACGAGGUGGACGUGCAUCCAUACAGUGUGUCACUGCAGGUACUCCGUGAGGAAUUUCAAAAGGAACCAUUGGAAUUAUUUUCUCACAUUGAGGCGACACCAGUGGGCUCGGGCUCGAUAGGGCAGGUGCACCUCGCCACGUUGCGUGAGACCGGGGAGAAAGUUGUUGUUAAAGUGAUGCACCCCAAUAUUGUGGAAACUAUUUUGAAAGAUUUCUG